AUGAAAGCUUCUAAAAGAAUGAUUCAACGCUAUGCUCAGUAUACGAAAGGAAAGCGAAAAAUUGCGAGACGAUAUCGAGGGCCUGACGCCGUGGCUCCGCAUUCAGCGGUCCCAAUGGGCGGCCCUCGGCCAGCACCAGAUGUCGAUCCCCGGCGAGGGAAACUCAUGUGUGUCAAGGUUCGCUUACUCGACGAUUCGGUGGCUGUCUUUCAUCUUGGACACAAAGCUUUGGGACAGACGUUAAUGGAUGAAGUAUCAAGACAUUUAAAUCUUCUUGAAGGCGAUUAUUUUGGACUUGAAUUUAUCGACAAUGAGGGAUGCCAUGUUUGGUUAGACAUGGAGAAGCCAAUUUUGCGGCAAAUCGCCGGCACAACUGACGUGAAAUUCCAUUUGAUCAUCAAAUUUUACACCCCAAACCCGAUGGAUCUCGAAGAGGAAUAUACGAGAUACUUAUUAUCAUUGCAAAUCCGUCGAGACCUCUCGCAAGGUCAUUUCCUCUGCGCUGAAAGCACUGCCGCACUUCUGGCCGCUUACUUUGUACAGUCAGAUUGCGGCGAUUUCUCGGCUGAUGACUAUCCAGACGCCUCCUAUCUCUCUCAUACUCGCUUUAUCCCAAAUCAAACCAUUCAUUUUCAACAAAAAGUUAUGGAUUGUCAUAAGAAAUUGAUUGGUUUGAGUCCAGAAGACGCGGAUAUGCAAAUGCUGGAAGUUGGGAGAAGAUGUGAUUUCUAUGGAAUCCGAUUACAUCCGGCAAAGGAUAUUGAGGGGACUGAGGCUUGUCUAGCCGUCAUGCAUCUUGGGAUCAAGGUAUUCCAUCAAUUCCAUUGUGUUUCCACGUUCAGUUGGGCGAAGAUCAGAAAAUUGUCUUUCAAAAGGAAAAAGCUUCUCAUCAAGCUACACCCGGAUAGCUAUCAAUGCUAUAAAGAGACUAUUGAGUUCUACUUUGAGACGAGAAAUGAGUGCAAGAAUUUCUGGAAAAAAUGCGUUGAACAUCACGGUUUUUUCAGGUGUGUUCAGAUUGAGUUUCCACGUAAAGACACAAAGCUUUUUAGCAAAGGAUCUUCGUUUAGAUUUCACGGUCGAACCCAGAAACAGCUGAUCGAUUAUGUCCGCGAGCAUCACAAAAGGCGUGAGCCGUUCACCAGACCCCUACGCUCUGGUUAUCACACUUGUGGGAUGGCCUCGUCGACUCCAGCAUCGAAUCUACAACGUGAUCGUGUACACUCGUCAAUGCCUCACGUCUCCCGACCCCUUUCUCAGCAUCCGUCAACCACUGUCGACUCAGGUACCCUUGAUGCCCGCACAAAUCGCCCCCCUCGCAAUCAUAGAGAUUAUACUUACGAUCGCAUGUAUGAUCGUGGAGCUAUCUCUGAUGUUGAAGGACCAUCUUCUGCUAGAGAGAUCCGUCCUCCCAUUCAUCCAUCUACCCCAGAAAAUAUGUCCAUUUCUUUACCCAAUGUUCUUGAUGAACCUACUCCUUCGACGUCGGCUCUUGAACCACCCAAAUCUCAUUCUGGUGACAAUUUUCUUGAUAAUCGCAGAGAUUCAAAAGAUUUUGAUAAUGUUUCACAAGAUUCUUACAAUCUAUCGGAUCAUGAUCGGUUAAGAGAUCAUGAAACAUUAGCCAAUACGACAUUCACAGCGAAACGAGUUGGCGAUGUCGUGGUGAAACGUGUUGUCUCUACGAAAUCUCAAGUGAGCUCAAUGGAUGAAGAAACUCAAAGUCAUCGCUUAAAAUCUCAGAGGCUAAAAGAGUUUCCAUUCAAUCAGAUUCCGAGCAACAAUCUUGUCCCUAUUGAGAUUGAUGGGCCGAAUGUUGGGCUGAAUCUUGGGCCGAAUGUUGUGCCGAAUGUCGGGCCGAAUGUUGGGCCGACUUCCGGCUACUCUUCAACAACAACAACACCUCUUAGCUCAACUUUCACAAAGAAUACUCCAAUCUACACAGCAACUGGUGCCUUGUUGAUGAAACCAAAAGUAAUCAAAUCUAUUGAAGAAACAAGUGAAAUUCAUCAAUACUCGACAAUACAACGGGUCACUUGUCGACCAGCUUCACCGGAUUAUGUAUCCUAUGGAAACACAGAGAAAAGAUCAACGUCUCCACAAACUUAUGGAGCAAUUGGUCCUUUACCUGGUAAAGUCAUUACAAAAGAUACAAUGGUCAUCACACCAGAAGGAAUAAAAGAGAAAAACGGACAACAAAGCUCGAUUAAAUCAAAGCCAAAAACAAAACCAAUUGUGCCACCAAAGCCUAGCUCAAUUCGACCAAUAUCUGGAGAUUAUGAUGAAGUGAAUAAUGAUGAUGGAUAUGCGAAAGUUGAGCGACGAACAAAUCAUCCAGUCGUUAAUUUAGCCACCGUUUUAAUGGAUGAUGAAAAAGAAGAAAAAGAAGAAAAACCCCAACCACCACCUCAUCAUGAAAAAGUUGAACAUCGAUUUUCUAAACCAACGCUAAUCUCUGUACAAAGUGAAGAUCGACCUGAUAUUGAGAAAUGUCAAUUCUUUGAUGAUUCUUCAAUUCCUUAUACAUUAACUGUUCGAAAAUUGGAUAAUAAUCAAUCUACUACUUCGAGUUUUAAAGUCGAUCAAACAAAUUCUCUUGGACGAUCUUCUUCAAAAAGUCCUGAAUCUUUCAUUAGAAGAAAAUCUUUAGAUUUAGUCCCAAGAAAGAAAUUACCAUCACCUUCUUCUUUUUCUUCAACUGAUCACACAAUUUCACCUACAACACCAGAAUCUGGUGAUGUUCUUGAAUACUUAUUGAGGAAAAGAUCUAUGAGUCAGGAAAGAUCCGCGUUAUCAAAGAGAACUGGAAAACGAGCGGAUCCGAGAAGACAGACGCAACCUGUUCGCUUUGUUCUACCAAUGAGUGAGGAGUUGAGUGGGAUAAAGAGCGUUGGCUCUACUCCAGCUCUUCAUCGACAAUCGUCUCUUGAACAACAAGAUGAUGAUGAAAUGCCGCCACCACCAAUUCUCUCUACUAGCUCUGAAUUAGCGAAACUUGGAAAAAUCAAAUCUAAGACUCCACCACCACCACCGCCAAAGUCAAAAGAUGCAGCUGAACGUGUGGCUCAAUUGAAAGUGACAGCUAGUGUGACAGCUGGUGUGACAGCAAUGUCAACACCUCUCAUUCCAUCAAUGGAAGCCGUGCAUGAAGAUCCGAGAGAAAGUCUUGUGCAAAGUCCAUCAACUGCUGUCUUGAAUGUGACGAGUGAAAUAGUGGAAAAGAAUGAGAAGCCAAGAAUAGAAAUGAGAAAAGAAAUCGAAUCCGAAGUGGAAACCGAAGUGAAAACUGAUUCUCCGCCAUUUAUCGACGAGAGUCCAAAGAGCGACGAGCAAUUGCCAUCCUCACGACGCACAAAAACCGGCCUUUUGUGGACAGAUUUC